AUGCUCAGCUGUUGCGGAUGUGGGAAAACGCCUGCCGACGGCCUUCGUCCAGAGUUUUUAGCCGUAGCCCGCGAUUGCAUCGCUGAUAUCAAAACGUUUCGACUGGACUUCGACGGUCCAACGCGUACGUGGCUUCAGGUGCCGGUUUCUGAACCCUGGAGCUUCAGAAUUUUACAUUACUUCAAUUUUCCGAACGCAGCGUCUUUUUUCCACCCAGAAUGUCAGAUCGGUUUCCUUCCGGACGGAUGGGCGAAAGUCACUCGCCAGACGACAUUGUCCACUGUCGAGCAGAUCGGUGCUGCCGUCCGUUCGUCGGUGUCGGAUAAAUGCCGUUCACCUGUUUGCUUUAUCCCACAGCUGCUCGUCCUCGGCAAUCAGCCACUGAUUGCAAGAACGAAACGACCUGCGGCACCAACGCCAACCUGGUCAGGGGCAGAUGUAAGGCGACGUGACGUGUCAGACGGGCACGCGGUUACCGGCCGGCCGACAGGCCCAACCCUCGUCCCUCGUUUCCUGACAAGGAGGACGGAUAGGCGGCGGCAACCAUUGACGUCCACUCACUUCCGGUUAUCUUACCAGCUGUUAAUUGCGUUAGCCAAAUGCUUACAUGGAGACACAUGUCUCGCACGUCUCCGGCCGGCUCUGGCUGCUGGCCGGCCGGCUAAUGCAUUGCCAGCUGUCCCGCAUCUGGUCGUCCAUUUUCAUGGCUCGCCGACCGACCAACCGCACGUUACAUACGAACACACACACAAACACGUUUCUCCCGCCCGUAAAAAGCGACCGUUAUGCUUCAUAGCUGACUCUCAGUGUUAG